AUGGCUUGUUUGGAUUGGAUAAAGGGAAUCCAAUUCAUAAGCACGUAGUAUUUAUAUUCUUUGUUACAUACUCUUUGUUUUGUUCAUAACUAAACGUUACUGAUUGUUAUCUGCAGUUAUUACAUUAUAUUCUGUCUUUGUGUUUAAUUCAUAGGCAUUUUAUUUUAUUUUAUACUUUAUUGCAACCAUGGUAUUCAUCAAUUCAGCAUAAUGUCUGAGAGCGUAAAAAUACGAGUUACGGGUCUACCCGGCGAUGUGUCUUUUCCGAAAAUCUUAAGCACGUUCAGGAUGUUAUUAAAAAGAAUACAUUUAAAGCAAUUCUGGAUACGCGAUAUCGCCGACAUGCAGGAUUAUUUAAAGCAGAUAACUAUCAAAUUGAGUACCAAUGCCGACGCACGUAAAGCUCGGAACUAUUUGGACAACAUGCCAUUUAAAUUUAAUAUGAUGGAGUACCCUAUGCAUGCGUAUAUUCCUGAAGACCAGGAGGAAUCCAUGAAUUUUGAGAAUGAGGAUGAAUUUGAAGACUGGGGGCGCAAGCGGAGGCCGAAGCGUACGAGGGCGCGGUCUCGCAGCCCGGGGUACAGGCAGGAGGCGUCUAAACUUGAUAUGGAGAUAGAGUUACUGAGGAAGCAGAGGCAGGUGAUAGAAGAAGAGAGAAGAUUGCUUAUGGAGCAAAAAAAAUUGGAGAUGAUCAAGGAAUACGGGCCGAGCGUCUCGCGAGAUUUCGAUAAUUUCAAAGAUUACGAACCCCCUCGCAAGAGACGCCAGCCUGAACCUGUACCAAAAGCAAAAAGACCUCAUCAGGAGACCCCGAGGGUCCCAAAUAUCCCCAAGGGCUCCAAAAACCAUCCCCGCUUGCCCCUAUUCUUCCAACCAUGCAAAAAGCUUAUAGGCCAAAUGAAACCCAUCAUAGAUAAGGAUUCUACUCCUGAAGAAGCUGACAUACUGAUUAAACUGAUCAGAGCUGCUAUAAGAAAGGAUUUGGCUAUAGCUUUGGAGAAUAAAGAAUAUAUGAAACAUGUGGAGAUAGUUGAUCUGUACAGAGAAAGACAUCCGCCAGAGCAAGAUGAAGCUUUUGUCGCUAAAAUUUUAGCCAAUAUAAGAGCAAGUUUUCUGACUCCUGAAGUGAAAGUUAAAGAGGAAAAGGUCACUGAGGAUGAAAUCACGAAAGACACAGAAAAUCAAGUAAAUGACAAAAAGGGGGAAGCUGAUGAAAUUGCUAAUGAUGAAAAAACACCGGAAAAUGGAGAAAAAGAAGCAGAUGGUACAGCCGACGGUGCCGUGACCGAACCAAAGUCUCAAGAGCUUGAGAACCCUGUAGAGAAACUAGAUGCUACAACCAAUGGUGCGGUGACCGAACCAAAGUCUCAAGAGCUUGAGAACCCUGUAGAGAAACUAGAUGCUACAACCGAUGGUGCGGUGACCGAACCAAAGUCCCAAGAGCUUGAAAACGCUGUAGAGGACGCUGACAAGACUAAUGAUACUGCAUUCAUUGCAGCCGAUAAUAGUGUGUUGGAUGAGAUGAAGGCAACGGAGGAGGAAUUAUUGGCAGAUGAGGAUUCUAAGCCCGCUGAUGGGGCUGUAGAACAGUGAAGUUGCUGUAUAUAUAAGUGCAAAAAUAUUAUCUUAGAAAUAUUAAGUAAGAUAUAUUAUGUAUCAUUAUGAAAUAAAGAGUGAGCGUUUAUAA